AUGUUCGCCCGGCCGAGUCUCGCGCAAUUACUCGUGCCAAAUCUGGGCACGUCACCGAGUAAAUUUUCGCCAAGCGUUGAGCCGACCUCAAUCGCCACCUCGACGAACAACGAGGAGCCGAAUGAUGACAGUGAUGAGAGCAUGCUCGUCUCACGACUUAUCCAAAUCCCAAGGGAACGAUUCCGAAAGCUUUUCUCGUCCAGCAAAAAGGAUGUCCCACGUGCGCCGAAUUUGCCCUUUGUGCAAGCCAUGCUGAUGGCCGGACGAGCCCGUGAUGCUGGUGUGCGAACGGUGCUGAGGCUACGUCAAAAGCCGCCACUCUGUUUCCUCAUAGUCAAUCGGGCAUAUCACGAAUACGGGUUAAAGCAUCUUGUGCUCAUCAUGAUCUUUAUGUUCUAUGUGCUUUUCGGGGCGUUUGUCUUUUUGAUCAUCGAAAAAGAUGCGCAAAAUGAGAUGAAAGAGGCUUGGGAAGAGAAAAUCCGUCUCAACCGUAGUCAUGUCGUCGACGUAAUGAUGAAAGAAGUCUUCAAUAACUCGGAAUUUCUCAUCUACAUCAAGGGAAAUACAUCAAUGAAGCUGAAGACGCAUUUUGAUAGCGUUUUUGAGCGAUAUGAAGAGAAAUUGGAAAUCCGGUGGAGUGAGCAGAGAAUGGAAUGGGACUAUUGGAAUGCGAUUCUUUUUGCUGGCACUAUUUGCACGACAAUCGGCUACAGUCACAUUUAUCCAAUGACGACCCCCGGUCGAGUGAUCACAAUGAUCUAUGCCCUUGUCGGUAUCCCUUUGAUGCUGUUAGUUCUGCAAGAUGUUGGAAAGCUGCUGACAAUAGCAAUGAAAUUCCCGUGGUUCCAGUUCAAGAGGGUCGGGAGACGCGUUUUGAGAUGCUGCACAAAGCAGUCAAUCAAAGAAAUGCGAAGGAUCGAGACAGAAGAGCGGAGAGAUUUGGAAGUAUUCGACUUGCCGCUGCCUGUCGCCGUGGCUUUGAUCAUGAUUUGGAUCUGGCUUUGCACAACAAUUCUCUCGAUGCUCGAUGAGAAAUGGACUCCAUUUGAGGCUUUCUACUUUUUCUUUAUUUCUUUGAGCACUGUCGGUUUGGGUGACUUGUUGCCUUCCGAUCCGAAAUUGUUGAUUAUGUUGUUUGGGUUUAUUCUCGUGGGAUUGUCAUUAGUAUCAAUGGUGCUGAACCUUCUUCAAUCGAAGAUGCGCACCACGUAUGAGGCGGGUCGGGGUGUGAUCGAGAUUGUCGAGACGACGAAAGAGGCCACCACGCUUGGGGUUUUACAAGUAUUCGAGGAGAAAAAGAGCCACUACCUUGUCAUUCCGGAUGAGAUGCAAUCCUCGACGCAUUCUCGUCAGACACAGACCUCGUUGAGUUUACCCGGAAUGAGACAGGAAAACCAACCCGGAGUAUCUAAAGUGUGUGUUCUGCGUUCAGACGGGGUUCAUUGGGUGGAGGACACGACACCGGUGAAAAGUCCCGAUGAGGUGACAAAACUCGUCGAGCUGGAAUCAAGUCUGCAUGUGUGCAAGGACAUCGGCGAGAACAAUGGAGAGAACGAGGAUUUCGACAACACGUACAGCUUGGGGAGCAACCAAUCAUUUCGGGGAAGAUUUCCGAACGAUGGAAACGGGUUGAUCAUCGAGAAUCGAAAGCGACGAGAGGAGUCCCCGUCGGACGAUGAUGAGGGAACCGCUCAUCACUCGAUGCCCUCUCCAUACGGACCGAAUGGAUUGAUUCUCGAGCUGUCGAAUGAAGAUCUUCACUCUCCACAUGCAAAAUGCUUGAUGAGUCCGGAGAGCAUACCAUUUUCUGAAAUUCGAACAAAGGGACUGCAUUCACCGUUGCAGAUGCAAUGUGGAGUGGCAAUCUGCAUGAAUUGCUCAGACGAAAAGCGCAUUCAUCAUUGCGCCAUUGGCUUAGAUUGCAAAGGUGUUUUUGAGGGAAGCCGAUUCUAUUUGCAUUUGUUCUACAACGGCUUUUUAACUAAAACGGCUUCCGGAUACACUAUGGCCAAGAUGUUCUCUGCACCGGAAUGCUGCAAUUGUUCAAAGAAAUUUCAACUAAAUAACAUGAAGCGAAACCCGAUCAUUCUCAGAUGUGGGCAUUUGCUUUGCGUUGGUUGCUUGCGAAAUUCCCGAUAUGCAACGGAGAGUGACGAAGUCGUGUGCCCGACGUGCAAGAAACACUCAAUCAUGGCCAACGAAAUUCAGUUUAAUCAGCUUAAAUAUUUUCUUGACGAACUACGCGACAUCCAAAAACAUUUCCGACGCACUCAUCGCUGGAGUUUUUUUAAAUCUUGGCAUAAAAGCAAAAUCCCGCUUGAUGAGAGCAAAGGCAAGAAUGUGGACGAGCACGACUACGGGAAAAUUCCCGCGUAUCCCUGUCAACCGAAGUCUCUGGAGCGGAAACAGAGAGAAGAAUUUGCUUUGGAGAAAUCGUCACUUGAAGCUCAUUUUGAAAAGAUUUACGUA